AUGAGCUCUCAACCGGGAACCGGAACCUCGGAAGUUUCCAAAAAACUCAAGGCGGCGAUUCGCGCGAAGCUAGAAGAGCUCGGUGUCUAUGUGGACGAUGAAUUGCCCGACUACAUCAUGGUCAUGAUUGCCAACAAGAAGGAGAAGGUGCAAAUGAAGGACGAUCUCAACUUGUUCAUCGGGAAGAGCACCGCCAAGUUCGUCGAUUGGCUGUUUGACCUGUUCGAUCGGCUUCAGAAUGCGUCUAACAAGCAAGGUGAAAGCAGUAGUAGUAGCAGUGCCAAGAAGGACGAGGAGAAGAAGAAGGAGCAAGAAGCCAAGGAGCGGGAGGAGAAGCGAAGGAAGGAGAAAGAGGAGCGGGAGAGAGAACUACAAAAAGAAAAAGAGCGAGAGAAGGAGCGUCAACGAGAACGGGAUCGUGAGAAGCGACUUGAGGAGGAGAAGCGGCGAGAGGAGAAGAGGAAGGAGGCUUCGAAGCCGAAACGUCGUCGCACUAGAAGCAGAUCCAACACCUAUUCAGAUGAUGAGCGUGUUCAAAAGUCACAUCACAGAGAGCACAGACGGCCCAGAUCAACGGAAAGAAGAAGAGGCAAUGCUCUGGAUAGUGGCGAGGAGACAAGUCCCAGAAAGCUUCAAUCGAAAGUCACCGUUAACAGAAAGAUUCCACCGGCUGGAGACACCAACGUCAGAGGCCGUGGCACAAUGUUCCUACGAGCGAUGAAUGAGGCUAGCGUUAGCGCUGGAUAUGGAGGCGGUCGUAGAAGUUCUGAAGCUCGUGACGACGAUGACAUGUCGGAUGUAGAGGCUCUUCCUUCGAAAUCUUCCACUUCAGUGAAAUCUCCGAAAAAGAGCCUUCGCGAUAGAUUGAGCAGAGUCACUGACAAAGGAGUCGCCGAGCCAAUCGAAGACGAUGCUGUUGUUCUGGGCAACCAACCGCAGACUGGAGGUCCACAGAUGAUAUUGAAGCUGUCUGGAGGCAGAGAAGCCAUCAAGAGAACCAGGAUUCAGGAUAGAAUCGUUAUCAAUGAUGACUCGGUUCGUCGUGGACUCUUGAAGCGAAGAGUGGAGAUGCCAGGAAAUGCUUCUGAGGAGCCGAAGUCGAAGCAUGAAAGAAUAAAAUUCGACGUUUCUCGAGAGACGACACCUUCUGACGACUCGCCGACGAUGCAAAAAUGGAAUGGACAUAUCAGAAUCGGCGAUGAUUCUGAAGACGACGACGAGGAAGCUGAAAUCGAUGCAGUGGUUGCCGAAGCGCGAGGGAUAGUCGUCAGAAGAGACAGUGCGAUGGAAGAGGAAGAAGAGAUUUUACCAUCAACACAUCAGCUCUCCGGCGCUAGCUUCAUUAUCCCUGACCCAUACCAAUCGGCAGUUCCAGCUUAUAUUCCAACUCCAUUGAGUGUUCUCAACGAACAGCAGAAUCAAAUGGGCGGUCCUAGAGAUCAUCAAACCAGAGAGCGCUGCAUCUUCUGGCCGAAAUGUACUAAAAAGGAGGCAUGCCCAUUCGCUCAUCCCACCACCAACUGCAAGAACUUCCCGAAUUGCACCUAUGGAAACCGUUGUCUCUUCAUUCAUCCGCAAUGCCGUUUCGACCGCUUCUGCACCAAGAAACACUGCCCAUUCACUCAUCCUGGCACUGGAGGCUAUCAACCGGGAUCUGGAGCGGCUCCAGACGUUCAGAAUCCUCUUACUUCUAAUCGUGUGCCAGCAGUUGCUGUCGAUGAACCACAACCACAAAAGCCACUUGUCCGUGGAGCUCUAGGAAGUUUGGCAGAGAAAUUGGCGGCGUCAAUUAAGAAGAAGCCAAUGGUUCCGGCGGAGAAGAAGGAAGAAAAGAGCGACGAGAAUCAAGCUUCGUCACCAGUCAAGGAGGAGGAGACGGUUAUCGAUAACAACGAGGUGCCGAAAGAGGAUUCUCCUUCAGAAGCGACUUCUAGAGUGGUUCCAGAAGCACCACUUCAAAAUAUGAUUCAUUGUCGUUAUGCAGGCGCUUGCCGCAAUCCAGUUUGCCAUUUCAAACAUCCAAAGGAAUGCCGAUUCGGUGCCAACUGCCGUAACAGCGGCUGCUACUUCUACCACAAACCAUCUGCACCAGUUUCUACAGCGCCAGUCGUCACGGCUUCUACUGACGGUGCCGCCAAGUACAAAUGGAGCGCCUCUGCUGCCAACUAG